CACAUGUGCAAAAGAUAUUAAUAAACCGCCUGACAAUAUCAACAAUUCUUUUAUUACAAACACAACUUGUACCCUCGAUUUUGGCAAAUAUUGCCAAUUAUUAUGAUAUGUGCCUCCAGUGCAAACAAACUGGGAUUCUAAGCGUGUUCCAAGCAAACAGCGAACCAAAUGAAACAAAGCCAUGAAUCCGGAGUAGCAGAGAUCCAAGACAGGCGAGAAAUGGGUGGCACUAUUUGCCCUGGCCAAAUAGAACAUUCAUUUUCAGGCAGUUGGAUGCUGGUUGGAUGUUCUGGAUGGUAUGGGUGCUAUAAAAGUCUGUUAAGAAUCGGUUGAAAAGCACAGUUCCAAGUGCCAUUGCCUCAAAACCACACCAUGCGAUUCCUCUGCGUUCUGAUCCUCGCCAGCAUCCUGGCGAUUGCUUCGCCCACUUCGGCAGCUACGCCCACUCCGGCAGCUACGCCCACUCCUUCUGGUACGCCAGCGGCUACGCCUCCGACGGAUUCGACUAAAACCACCACCACCACGACGACCACCACCACCACUACCACGACAGCAGCGCCCACGACCACCACCACCACGGAGGCUUCCAGUUCAUCGUCGUCCAGCGAUAAGAAAGUUCGGCACAGGAGGCACUACGUCAACCGUCGCCUCAGGAAGGACAAGAAGAACAAAAAGGACAAGAAGUCCAAGCACAAGAGUAGCAAGAAAAACAAGAAGGAUAAGAAGGACAAGAAUUCCAAGAAAGUGCGACGCAGUCGUCGCAGUGGUUAAAUAUUUAGGUCCUUUGGCUACAAACUAACCCACCGACUUUGAUAUAUACACUUCUUAAUAUACCUUUUUUUUAACAAAUAAAACAAUUGAAAAACA